AUGGCAGGCAAGCUGCAGCACAUCGUUGCAAUUUGGUGGCUGCUUUUCUUGACCACAUACGCCUUCCCAUGGAACAUCUCCCGUUUCCAUGUCGCACGUCAAGAGGACCCAGAUGAUAUUGCACGAGGAGGUGGACGUGGCCCACCACCGCAGCCCACUCGUACUGUCACAGUAAGACAGACCACAACCGUUGCAAGAACUACCGUUACGGUAUUGACCACAUCUGUCCGGACGUCCACGAGAGUUUCGACCGAGACCGAGUAUUCCACUGUCGCGCGUACGACUGUUACACGAGUGAGCACCGUGACUCGUGCUGGUGUUCCUACCACUGUCACCUACACCCAGCCGGCUGCGACACCUAGGACGAUUACACGCACCAGGACUCUUCCUGGUCAGACCAUCACUGAGGAUGGAGAGGUGACAACAGUGUACGACACCUCUGUUGUGACACGGGUGGCCACGAUCACAGUAGAUGGCGAGCCAUCUACGAUUUUCCAGACUCUUCCAGCUGGAACCCAGACGGUUACUCUCGAACCAGAGGAACAGUCCACUGCAAUUGUCACUCGAGUCGUGACCCAGCCGGCUGUUACUGAGACCAUUACGGCGGACGGCGAGGUAUCCACGACCACGAUCUUUGGAACCUCUCCGGCUCAGACCGUCACAGAAGACGGAGAGGUGUCCACGACCACCGUCUUCGGCACUGCCCCGACCGAGACCGUCACUGUCGAUAACACUGUCACUGUCACUGAAACGGCGAACUCUCCGCAGUCCUCCGUCCGGACAUUCACUGAGAUUGUGCCGACCAAUACGGAACAGAGUCCUGUAACUGAAUCUGCACCAGCUGAGGCAGAGCCGACUGCCACCCCACCAGGCGACGAUGUCGAGCCGACUGAGACUAGUACAGAGGCUCCCAUUGAGGCAACCCCCACUGCUAGCCCUGAUGCCGAAGAGGGGGAGGAAGAGGUGACAACGAGCACGGGUGGUUUUCCUGAGCAGGAAACUACCUUGGUAGAAGACGUUUCAAGCACCAUCGCACCGGACGCUACUACGACUCAGGCAGCCGCCGAGCCGACUUUGGUUGAUCCAGAAGGACCUACAACAACUCAAGAGGCCGAGUCGCCAGCUGAGUCGACACCGAUCGAUCCUGGAGAGACGUCAGAGUCGCCGGCCGAAUCGACGACCCCGGCCCAGGAAGAGGAAGGUAGCGUGCCGACAGAGCCCUCGACUCCUUCAGAAGAGCCCGAAGAGACCGCUGCGCCAGCGCCCACAGUCCCGGAGGAGACAACAGAGGUGCCAAGUGAAUCUUCAGCCCCUGUCCCGGACGAUGAGAGUAGCCCGCCAGUAGAGACGCCCGCACCGGCAGAGGAGCCUGAAGGGACGGCAGAGCCUACUCUCCCAGAUGAACCAGUCGUCUCGAAUCCCGAGGAGCCAGCAGAGGAAACAACUGCGCCAGUUCUUGCUGAGCCUACGGCAAGCACGUUGCCUGAAGAAACUCCCACGGCAGUAGGAGAACCCGAGCAAUCAGCAGACCCGACUGCCACGAGUCCAGAGGAUCCAAGCGGAGAGCCAAUCGAGCAACCAACUGCAGCACCACAGGAAGAAAGCCCAUUGCCAUCCGAAACAGCUACGCCGACCGAUGAUGCUGAGGCUCCAGCUGAGACAACUCUUCCAGCUCCCGAAGAGAUAGCAGAUGAGCCAACAAUGUCUAUCCUUCCGUUCCCCUUCCCUGGGGACACAGCAGAUGAACCAGCUCAGCCGAGCAUAUUACCAGCGGAUGGGGACAUUACUACGCCAGCUACGCCAACCGACGACGCCGCAGUCCCAGCUGAAACCGCUCUUCCGGCGCCCGAAGAAACAGCAGAUGAACCAACAAUGUCUAUACUUCCCUUCCCUUCCCCUGGCGACACACCAGAAGAUGCAGCUCAGCCGAGCAUAUUGCCAGCUGAUGAAGAUGUCGCAACGCCAGCUGCUCCCGCGGACGAGACUCCAGCAAGUGAAGCGAGCCCAGCGGUUGUGACACAGAUUGUUGUGCCUAUUCCAGCUUCUGUAGGCGUCGUAGCGGGAGCCGGAGCCGGGGUAGACGGCUCGGUGGCAGGACUGCAGAUCAGGAAGAGGGUUUCUGACAUGCUUUCCAGCAUUUUUUGA